AUGUUGGAGCAACGCGAAGGCGCAAGUUCCGAAUUCCAGAUCACCAUGGCCGCAGAAUCGCCCAAAAGCGUUAAGCGAAAAGCCUCCGAAGAGGUAGCUACCCCAGAGUCUGGGCAGCAAGCCAGCAAGAAAGCGCGCACAGAUUCCCCCGAGAAAGAAGAAGAUGGUCCUCUUAAGAAACCCCCCUCCGCAUUGUCCCGUUCCCCGAAAAGGUAUUUCCUACCCUACGCCUUUCCCCGUGUUUGCGCACUGUGGGUGAUGGCUGACAUCUCAAAGCCCGCAGUUCUCGAAGAACGUCGUGGCGAUAUCGAGUUUCGAGUUGUCAACAAUGAUGGCUCCCACGACAGCUUCAUUGUUCUCACCGGGCUGAAGUGUAUCUUCCAAAAACAACUACCCAAGAUGCCAAAGGACUACAUUGCGCGUCUUGUAUACGACCGAUCACACUUGUCCAUUGCUAUUGUCAAACAUCCCCUCGAGGUUGUUGGAGGUAUCACAUAUCGACCAUUCAACAGUCGCAAGUUCGCCGAGAUCGUCUUCUGUGCUAUCUCUUCCGAUCAACAAGUCAAGGGAUAUGGUGCACACUUGAUGUCCCAUCUCAAGGACUAUGUGAAAGCCACAUCUCCCAUCAUGCACUUCCUCACAUACGCCGACAACUACGCCAUCGGUUACUUCAAGAAACAAGGCUUUACCAAGGAAAUCACGCUGGACCGGUCAAUCUGGAUGGGAUAUAUUAAGGAUUACGAGGGUGGCACGCUCAUGCAGUGCACCAUGCUACCCAAGAUACGUUUUCUGGAGAUGGGCCGAAUGCUCACCAAGCAAAAAGAGUCUGUACAGGCCAAAAUUCGCGCCUUCAGUCGAUCACAUAUCGUUCACCCGCCGCCAAAAGAAUGGAAGGCCGGCGUACAUCCGAUUGAUCCCCUCAGUAUCCCGGCAAUCAAAGAGUCCGGGUGGUCUCCUGAUAUGGAUGAAAUGGCCCGCCAGCCCCGUCAUGGACCCAACUACAACCAGUUGCUGCAUCUGUUAAAUGACAUGCAAAACCACAGUGCGGCUUGGCCAUUUACCCAACCCGUGAAUCGCGAUGAAGUGCCCGAUUAUUAUGAAGUUAUUCUGGAGCCCAUGGAUCUAUCAACAAUGGAAGAGAAGCACGAGAAGGAUUUGUAUCCUACUCCGCAGGAUUUCAUCAAGGAUGCUGGGCUCAUCUUCGACAACUGCCGCCGCUAUAACAAUGAGACUACCCCAUAUGCCAAGAGUGCGAACAAGCUCGAGAAAUUCAUGUGGUCUCAGAUCCGGAAUAUUCCCGAGUGGUCGCAUCUUGCGGAUAACCAUUGA